GAGGCUCUACGUAUCUACUAUCUCUUUAACUCUGUGUUGCUAUCAGCAAUGUUCAUUGUAUCUGUAAUUGGUAUAAUAACGUGUAGACUUCAGAAGGGUUCUUCAUUUGAUGAUAAAUCCAAAAGUGUAGUUAGAAAUCUUGACAUUACUCUACUCAUGGGAAGCUCCUGUGGAACGUUGAUGGUAUCCAUUUUUUCAUUAGUUGCCAUCUUUUUUCUGCACAUGGAAGGGAAUACCUACAUCUUAGAUCUUUGUUUCUCUAUUUGUAAAACUGUCCAGGUUCUUGGCCAAAAUCUCUUCAUAACAGAGGCUCUUUAUUCUGGACCUGUUAAAAAUAGAAAUGCUACGUCAAGAACUUGGAUCUACUCCAUAUCUCAAGAUCCAGCUAAUGAAAUGAUGGAAGCUGGAGCCAGCAAUAAAAUGACUGAGUUUGAUAGCAAAAGGACUUUUUCAGAGCACAAGACCAAUGUAAAAACUGUAUCAGAUGGGGGCAGAGAUGCUCCAAAGUGCUUAUUAGUUGGCAGUAAACUUACAGAUUUGUCUCAACAAAGGCACACCAUAAAGGAAGAGGGAGAGCAGACAUUUUUUAGAACCAGGAGAAAGAUACUGCAAAAUAUCUCAAUUCUCUUGAUCUGCUACAAUAUAUCGGUAUGGAUCCUAUAUGCGUAUGGAACUCGCCCACACUUGGUAAGCCAGAUCGAGCAGUCUUUCUAUGGCUUUACGCUCUGGGUGAUCAUUGUGAAAAUCUCUCUACCCUUGGGAAUAUUUUACCGCAUGCAUUCUGUUGCCAGUUUAUUUGAGGCAUAUUGUAACAUAUGUGAAGCAGCUGUUUGCUAACAGUCUGCUGACACCGUUAUGCUAAAACUGUGACAUUCAAGUUGCUGAACGCUACAGAAGAAAGUCUCUGUGCGGACAGGAUCUCCAAUUGUUUUCUUUUUAUGUGUUGACCACUGUUGACAUCAGUGAAAAUAUAGCCUUGUGGGAAAGAAAUAUCCUUGAUUCCAGUAAUUAACACCUUGUCCAUCUGUGUAUAAACAUGCAGUAAUUAGCACUUUGGUUUGAAUCGAGAUCAUCUCACUUUUAAAACACUUUCGACAUUGUCAAGGCAUGUCAGCUCUCUGGCUCUCAGAGGGCUAAAGGGUGUCUACUUGUAUUUAUAUUCUUGCUAUAUAGUAUG